AUAGAUGCGAUAAUUUGCUAUUUUGGAAUUUGAAAUUCAAAUAGCAGCAGAGAAGAUGGUGCUUACCAGAAGCUCCAGUAAAAAAGCUCCAGCCGAGAAUGAGGAAAAGCAAGAAUACAUUGAAACUCCUGUUCGCAAGCUCAGUAGGGAACUGGCUUCUUUAGGAAUUCGAGCCCCUCCCGGUACUCCCUGUCAACAGUCUUCUCCAGAUCUCGCAAACUCUCAAGUACAAAAGGAUGAAUCACACAAGGAUCAAAUAGCAAAAAGAUAUGAAGGAAGUGAAAGGACGCAACUCUUUUGUUCACUUAAUGAAGAGAAUAAUCCACAGUUGUGUACAACAACACUGGCUAAUAGAGCAGCGCCAGAGAACUUGAAUAAUAAUGAUGCCUUGUUUCAAUUUGAAGAAAUCAGCGUGAAGUUAACUCCCAACACUCAGGAACCCGAGUCGUCUAUUGAAAAAGAUGAUGUCGCACGUAGCACCGAGCUGAAAGAUGAUGAUAGGAAGUCAUUGCAAACAGCAGAAAAACAAUCACAAGAUUCUUACAGUAUGUUUUCAACACCUGUCAGUCAAACAGCUGAAGCCUCAUUUCAACUGUUGGGUAAUGAUGCUUCCAACGAGUGGUGUGGAGAACAUGUUCGUUUUUCUAUACUUGGAAAGAGCAAAGUAAAGGUAUACCAUCAGCCUACACUAAAGACAACUUCGCCAGAUGAAAACAUUGAACCACAACAAUUAGAGGAAAAUGAGUCCAUAAUAGAAGAAGACAUUCUGGAAGUUGCAAUCCCAGAACCUCAAAAGCUGGAUUUUGAUAUCCAUUCAGAACCUAUCAAGUCUGCCGAUAACCAAAAGCAUUCUUCUCCAGAAAGCGAAACCUCUUAUUCUCUAUCAUCUAAUGAGACCAAGGGAGAUGAUUUACGAAAUCAGGUAGUCAUAUCAACGGAACCUACAGAAAGUGACCCUGGAGCAGUCCUUCGGUCGAAUAAUAGAUUUGAAAAAAAGGAAAGUAGUGAAACUUCAAAGAAGAAAUGGCACAAUGGUCAAAGAAAGUGUUGGGUCGAAAAUUCCCAUUUUUGCAGACACACUCAGAGCUCUGCUAUGAAGGACAAGAAAUUCGAAACAAAUUUACAGAGAAAUAAUGAAAAUAUUGAUAAGAGUGGAAAUUCGAUACAUUGGAAAGGCCAACAUAUUCGGUUUGAGGAUAGUCCUGAUAUUAUUGAGGAGAAAAUGAAAGGCCUUCAUAUCAGUAAUGCUAGAUUCAUGAGACCUACUAUAUCUACCUCGGCAAAAAAGUCUGAACACCGACAACACAAACAAGAAUUUGCCAGUAAAUAUCUUUGGAAGUUUUAACAAAUGUCGUUUUUUCUGAUCGAUUUUGAAUAAUAAAAGCCCGUUUGAUGGUCAACGC